UCUUUGCCCGUCUAUAGUGGUGGUGAAAUCACCGUGGACCGGGACCUAUCGCAAUACCACGCCCCCAUGCCCGAGUUCGCUCAUUGUGUCAUUGGUCUGGAGAGCUGUGGUUCCAAAGACCCUCAGUUCGUCGCUUCAUGUCUCCUGAAUUCCCUUCUUGGUGGUGGAGGCUCCUUCUCUGCCGGUGGUCCGGGAAAAGGCAUGUACUCCCGCCUCUACACCAACGUUCUCAAUCGACACCACUGGGUAAACUCAGCA